AUGACUUUGCCCUAUUACAGCUAUUCUCGGAAAUCAGCUCAGGGUUUGCAGGGGGAGGAAGUGGAAGGAGAUGGAAACCCCAAGGAGAGCAGUCCCUUCAUUAAUAGCACAGAGGUUGAGAAAGGAAAAGAGUAUGAUGGAAAAAACAUGGCUCUUUUUGAGGAGGAAAUGGACACCAGUCCAAUGGUAUCGUCCCUUCUCAGUGGACUAGCCAAUUACACCAAUCUUCCCCAGGGUGUCAAAGAACACGAAGAGGCUGAAAACAAUGAAGGAACCAGAAAAAAGCAAGUCAAGGCUACACGAAUGGGUACAAUCAUGGGAGUCUACUUCCCCUGCCUGCAGAAUAUCUUUGGAGUCAUAUUGUUCUUGCGUCUGACAUGGGUCGUGGGGGUCGGUGGAAUCAUGGAAUCUUUCUUCAUUGUCAUGUUGUGCUGCUCCUGCACCAUGUUAACAGCAAUCUCGAUGAGUGCAAUCGCUACCAAUGGUGUUGUACCAGCUGGUGGCGCCUAUUAUAUGAUCUCCCGCUCACUGGGUCCAGAAUUUGGAGGUGCUGUGGGACUCUGUUUUUACCUGGGAACAACCUUUGCUGGUGCCAUGUACAUCCUGGGUACCAUUGAAAUCCUGCUGACCUACAUUUUGCCCAGCAUGGCAAUUUUCCAAGCAGAGGAAGCCAGUCAGGAGGCAGCAGCCAUGUUGAAUAACAUGCGCGUGUAUGGAACAUGUGUCCUCACCUUCAUGGCUCUUGUAGUCUUUGUAGGAGUCAAAUACGUCAACAAGUUUGCUCUGGUGUUCCUGGCCUGUGUCAUCUUAUCCAUUCUUUCCAUAUAUGCUGGAGUAAUCAAAUCUGCAAUUGAUCCACCAAACUUCCCUGUCUGUAUUCUAGGAAACAGGACAUUGUCACGGCACAGUUUUGAUGUGUGCGCUAAGGUAAUGACUGUGGCCAAUGAAACAGUGACUACCCAGCUUUGGCGGCUCUUCUGUACAUCUAGUUUUAUCAACGCCACGUGUGAUGAAUAUUUUGAGAACAAUAAUGUCACUGAACUUCAAGGGAUCCCUGGAGUCGCCAGUGGACUUGUCAGGAAAAACCUGUGGGCGAAUUACCUGGCCAAAGGAGUGAUUGUGGAGCAUAGUAAUUUGCCAUCUGUGACCAGUUCAAUGUCAGCAGUCAGCUUGGAUCAACCUUAUGUUUUCACUGACAUGACGUCCUACUUCACUCUGCUGGUUGGCAUCUACUUCCCUUCAGUAACUGGAAUUAUGGCUGGUUCAAAUAGAUCAGGAGACCUUAGGGAUGCCCAGAAGUCUAUUCCAAUUGGUACAAUCAUGGCAAUUGCAACAACGUCUGCAGUCUAUGUAUCCACGAUCAUUCUCUUUGGGGCAUGCAUUGAAGGUGUGGUACUCAGAGACAAAUUCGGAGAGGCUGUGAAUGGAAAUCUUGUGAUUGGAACAUUGUCCUGGCCAUCUCCAUGGGUCAUUGUAAUUGGUUCAUUCUUCUCCACGUGUGGCGCUGGUCUUCAGAGUCUGACAGGUGCCCCUCGCCUCCUGCAGGCUAUCUCGAGAGAUGGCAUUGUACCUUUCCUACGGGUAUUUGGUCAUGGAAAAGCCAAUGGUGAACCCACCUGGGCCCUGUUACUGACAGCAUGUAUCUGUGAAACCGGGAUCCUCAUUGCCUCUUUGGAUGAGGUAGCACCCAUCCUCUCCAUGUUUUUCUUAAUGUGCUACAUGUUUGUGAACCUUGCCUGUGCACUACAGACACUACUCCGAACCCCGAACUGGAGACCCAGAUUCAGAUAUUACCACUGGACUAUGUCAUUCCUGGGAAUGAGCCUGUGCCUAUCCCUGAUGUUUAUUUGUUCCUGGUACUAUGCCAUAGUGGCCAUGGUCAUUGCAGGGCUUAUCUACAAAUACAUUGAGUUCAAUGGAGCUGAAAAAGAAUGGGGAGAUGGAAUCCGUGGUCUGUCCCUCAGUGCAGCCCGGUAUGCUCUGCUCAGGCUUGAAGAAGGUCCUCCACACACCAAGAACUGGAGGCCCCAGCUUCUGGUACUUGUAAAGGUGGACCAAGACCAAAAUGUCAAACAUCCACAGCUUCUGACUUUCACUUGCCAACUCAAGGCUGGGAAAGGGCUCACUAUUGUGGGCACAGUGUUGGAGGGCAGCUUCCUGGAGAAUCACACACAGGCUCAACGGGCUGAAGAGUCUGUCAAACGUCUCAUGGAAGUGGAAAAGGUGAAAGGGUUCUGUCAAGCCGUUGUAUCAUCCAACCUGCGUGAUGGCAUGUCUCAUCUCAUUCAGUCAUGUGGUCUGGGAGGAAUGCAGCACAACACUGUACUGAUGGGCUGGCCAAGAGCCUGGAGGCAAUCUGACGAUCCAAGAACAUGGAAAAAUAUAAUUGAAGUGGUUCGAGAAACAACAGCAGGUCGCUUGGCUCUCCUGGUGGCGAAGAACAUCACUGCAUUUCCAUCGAACCAGGAGAGGUAUUCUGAGGGUUACAUUGAUGUCUGGUGGAUAGUCCAUGAUGGAGGAAUGCUGAUGCUCCUGCCUUUCCUCCUCAGGCAGCAUAAGGUGUGGAGGAAAUGCAAAAUGCGCAUUUUCACAGUGGCCCAGUUGGAAGAUAACAGCAUCCAGAUGAAGAAGGACCUCACAGUGUUUCUCUACCACCUGCGAAUUGUAGCUGAGGUGGAAGUUGUCGAGAUGCAUGACAGUGAUAUCUCAGCCUACACUUAUGAGCGAACACUGAUGAUGGAGCAGCGGUCACAAAUUCUAAAGGAAAUGCAUCUAACAAAGAAUGAGAGAGAGCGUGAGAUUCAAAGCAUCACAGAUGAGUCACGUGGUUCCAUUCGUCGUAAACAUCCCGCGAAGGCCAAGCUACGCUUGAGCAGCCAGGAUGAGCAGGAAGGAGGUGCAGUUGAGAAACCCGAGGAGGAGGUUCAGUUGAUUCACGACAAAGCAGCUUCUACUCAGUCGAUCGCCUCUCAGUCACCUGCUGAGGAGGUUAGCACACCUGGAGAGAAAGUUCACAUGACUUGGACUAAAGAAAAAUUAGCUGGAGACAAAAACAAAAACAAAGGGCCAGUCACACCAGAAGAAAUCCGAGAUCUUUUCAGUAUGAAACCUGAAUGGGAGAAUCUGAAUCAGUCAAAUGUCCGACGGAUGCACACUGCAGUCAAGCUGAAUGAAGUCAUUGUGAAAAAGUCCCAAGAAGCAAAGCUGGUCCUGCUGAACAUGCCAGGACCUCCUAAAAACCGCAAUGGAGAUGAAAACUACAUGGAAUUCCUGGAGGUGUUGACAGAAGGUCUGGACCGGGUACUGUUGGUUCGUGGCGGGGGCCGUGAAGUCAUCACCAUUUACUCCUGA